GGAUUGAUAUUUAUUUUAAUUUGCAAUGGAGAAGCUUCCGUUUGACCCACCUUCAAAAUAUUUGGACAAAUUCAAAAGAAAGAAGGGCUUAGCAAACAAAAAGGUUCAUGUUUAAAAAGCUGUUAAUGUCAAACUUAAAAAGUCGGCAAAAGAUGCUAAACUCUCCAUCAAUGGAAUACAGGCACAAUAUUAUUCAGACAGGGAGGAUGAGCACUAAACCCAAUUCAACUUUCGACCGUGACAAUUCCACAGUGCGCUACUCUAAACCUUCAUCUGUGUUAAACCUACCCAGUAUUGAUUUAUUCAGGCCAAGGUUGCAUCAGCUUGGCAAAAGAAGUAACGGGAAUAGGUCAGUUAAGAAGUUAUCUCGUUACCGAUCCAAAAUAUCACAAAGAAAGAAAAUCACAAUUGAGGACAAAAUUUUAUCUUCACAAAAGAACCUGAUUAACAAGUCCCUUUCAGUGUACAAGAGGAAUUCUAAAAGGCGAUCUUCAAAGCCGCAUAAAAGAAGAAUGAAGGAAUCAAAAUCUGAAUCGAAGUUGCCUAAUUUUCCUCAUAAUCAUCUCAUCAGUAUUUCUACCAAGAGUUUUGACCAUGACAAGAGCAUCGGAGAAUCUCUCUAUAAAGCUAAGAAGAACAAGAAAGUAUACGACCAAUCAAUGGGCAGUACCAAUGAUGAAAUAGUGCAAAACCUAAAGAAGAGACUUGAUUACGUUUCUUCCCUGAAGCCAAUUAUUCCUCUUAAGAACAUAAAAAUUAGACACACUUUUGACCUUGACAUCAAUAUGAACCAACAGAAAGAUGACCUCAUUCAAAAGGAUUGGUACCAGAUCACUGAAGAGGUGGAGUCCAACUCAUCAAUCGACCUUUUCACCAGUGAUGAGAGCAAAUAAGCUCUCAAAAGGACAGCCUUGGAGCUCACGGAGCAACAAGGUGUUCGCUGGAAAGCAUAUCAUCCAAGAUUAUUACCGAAAAUCAAAGAAUAUCAAACGGAUCAAAGAGAAGCAAAAAGUUGAUGGCGAGCGUAAAUCCCCACUCAUUGAGUUCCUCAGUGAGAUAGAUACAACCAGAGCUUAUCCAAGGAACUUAGGAAUGGUCAAUUACUCAGGUGUUACUGAUGAGGAUAUUAACCUCAAGUCUUUCUAUAUGGGAAAGAGAUAUGCAAAUGCUUUCUCUAAAGGAAUCAGGGAUAAUCCUAGUUUGAAAAAUAUCAACAUCAGCAGAAACAACCUUGAUGAUGAAUCUUUAAAAGCCAUCAUAGAAUCUGUUUCAGAUCAGGUGGAAACAAUUGAUCUCAGUAAUAACGAUAAGAUAACUGCAUCGGGGUAUCAGAAGAUAGGCUUAAUGCUUGAAGAUCCCCAGAAGGAUCUCAAUUCCUUAAUACUGGAGGGAAAUACCAUUAUUGAUCCAUAUCUGUGCCAUAUGAAGGAUGGAUUAGGAUACAAUGACUAUCUAAAGUUUCUAAAUUUAUCUAAAAAUAACAUCACUAACAAAGGAGCUAAGAUCCUUGCAAAUAUCCUCAUCAUGAACAACUCCUUAAGAGUCUUGUUCCUCCACUGGAACAAGAUUCAGCCAAAAGGAGCCAGUGCUAUUUUCAAAGCUUUGGAGAGCAACCAGGUCCUACAAGUGCUGGAUAUGUCAUUUAACACAAUAGGGUCAGAUGCUGAGCAUAUUGCUUCGAAACAAUUUUCUCAGACCUGAUCAGAGAACAAAGGGUUGCUCCAUUUAGAUCUCUCCCAUUGCAACUUCGACCAAGAAGAUAUCUCUAUCAUCAGUGAAGGACUUAAGAAGAACCAUACGAUCCUUGGAAUCCAUAUUUUAGGGAAUAAAGCAAGCAUUGAUGCUAAGGGAUUUGUACAUUCUCAUGAGACACCAGACUGAGCAUUAUCUCAGGUUUUCUCCAGAAUCUCUCCGGAUCUUCGAACCGGCAUGGCAAAGAAGGACAGGAAGUACUCUCUUCAUGCUUACUCGAACUGAUGGAUCUGAGAAGGAUGGACAGAAGUUAGAUUUGAAUGGAGACUAAAUCCAGACCAAAGUGAUAAAAAUAAGCGAAACAGGAUAAAAAUUCACCUCUCUUGAGAUAACUAUGAGCCAGACAAACUUCGUAAAGAUCCUAAUGACAACACACUCUAUUCUCUCUGAAGGAUGGUGCCUCCAGGAGAAAUCAAAUUUUAUUUCACCGUUAACGAUGUAAAAAUGGUUUCCAAUGAAAUGGAAGUGAGAGAUGCACAAGAUUACGAGGAUCUUCAUGUUCCAAAGACCAAUAUAAUCAAAAAUAUAAUUAAAAAGGAUCAGAUGAUCACAGAGACUUAUCUGACAAAUCUCAAGGCGAUUCCAAGGCCUAAGAGAAGAGCCAAGAGACCCAGACCUAAGUCACCUUGGAAUGUCAAUAAAUCGGUAUUUCGUACUUACCAAGACUCAACAGAUUCUUUAAUCAGCAGAUGCUUCGAAUUUGAUUGGGAUUGUUGCAAAGUUAAGAAUACGAUCAGAAAUAAUACAGAAAGAGCAUUGAUUAAGAAAUUCUUGAAGCAGAACUAUAGAGCAUUAGUUGAAUGCUACAGGCAUUACUCUGCAGUCGCCCCCUCAGGGCUAAUCCCCUCGAUAGGGACCAACGUCUUAGGAGACAUUGUCAAUAACUUCGAAAAUGAACUUGUUGACUAUAAAUCUCUGAAGCUCAGUGAUAUAGACUUGGAGUUUAUCUCCACUAAAGCUGGAGGUAAGACAAAGCAUGAAUUCAUCCCUGAGAGACAAUUGGUAAGAUUCCAGUUCAUGGAAGUCCUUGUGAGAAUAUCCAUUAUCAAAUAUUUCAAAUCUGGAUUGCUAAAAACUAUGGAAGAAGCGAUAAAGACUUGAUUUCAAGAACAUUUCUUGACAUAUUUAAAUUCCUUUGAUAGUAGAACAUGGAGGUUAACCAAACUUUGGACUGAAGAUUGUGACAAAACCUACAAAAGAUAUCACUCCGUGAUUGCAAAGCUUUAUAAUAAAUACAGUGGCAAGUAUGCCCUUCCUGGGGACCCUCAUUACAUGUCAAUAGAUGAGUUCUUUGAACUAGUCUGUGAUACCAAAGUUGUCAACGAUGACUUUGGCCAAAGAGAAAUCGGUGCACUUUUUAAUCUCUCCAUGAUGCUUAGAGUCAACGAGAUUGACCAAGAUAAGCACAUUAACAUGACCUAUGUAGAAUUCUUAGAGGGAAUUGCAAGACUAGCAACUCGGCUUAAAAUACCAAUGCUGGUCGAGGAAGGGUCAAAUAAGCUCAGAGCAUAUGACUCCCUUCUUACUUCUAGAGUGUUCUCAAAACUGACUGAUUCGACUAUAAACUCAGAAAGCACAACUGCCUCAGUUGAACUUCAUUUUAAAAUAGAGAGCAUGAUUUACAUGAUGUGUUAUUGCUGCCUCUCACGAGAAGAUAUUAGGUUAAUGACCAGGAAAGUCCUGGCUUUCCAUAAGUCAAGACUAAAGGUUGUGAAAAUUGACUCAGAAGAUUAUACUUCCAGUGAAGAUGAAUUAUAAUAUCAACCUGA